UUGAUAUUUUGGUGACUGUCGCCCGUUCCAUGACGUCAGCGAUGUGCAAAACUAGAUGUGCAAAAUUUAAUGAGGGAGCGUAUAAAAGCUUACACUGUACUACUACCGCAUCACUGUGGAUGCUAAUUUGUUUGAGAAAUACUUAAAAGGUAAAAUAGAAUUAGUAUUUGCAGCUUUAAUGCUGUGCUGACGAUGAAUGACGUUCUGAAUCUGAAUAAUACCUUUGCUGCAGCGGUGCUUUUGAGCACUGUGGCCAUCUAUGCAGAGAAGUAUGUUGCACCACAAAUUACCCAGGAAGUUCGGAACUUGACCGUGGCUGAGGAAUUAGUGGUCAGUUUUGUCUGUAAAGCCUCUGGAAAUCCACAACCUACGUUUUACUGGGAAAAGGAUGGGGGAAAACUGAACAUAGGGAGGAACCGAUUCAAAGUAUUUGACAUGCCGUAUGGUAGCGUUUUGAGGAUUGAGACCGUUCGGAAUAAGGACAGUGGGAGUACCUUUACCUGUGUGGCGGAGAAUGGAGUGGGGGAUCCAGCUAGGAGUACGGGGCAUCUGAAGGUUUACCGCAUUGACAGGGAAGGAAACGAAUUUCCAGAAGAAUAUCCCAAAAUCAUUGUAAAUCCAGAGCUAAAAUCUGUUGAGGAAGAGAAACCUGUCAUUAUGCAGUGUCAAGCGGAUGCUAAUGGAUACAAGUUUGAUAUCGAGUGGUUCAAAAAUGGUGUCCCUGUAGACCUGGGUGACAACAAACGGCUCACAAUCACAGAAACAGGUACUUGUGUGUCAGAAAAAUGAUACAUUGUACUCUGUAACAUCAAUACAA